AUGUCAUCAGAUUUUCUACAAUGCAAGAGAGAGAAGCCAUUAAAGAAGAUUUUCUACAGAUUUCCUGGAGUAAUAGGUGCCAUAGAUGGAUCGCACAUUCGAAUUGACAAACCAAUAGAAGACAAAGAUUUGUACAUAAAUAGGAAACAAUUUUUUUCCAUUCAGUUACAAGGCAUUGAGAACCACGAACAAAAAUUUAUGAAUGUUUACCCUGGAUCGGUUCAUGAUGCAAGAGUUUUUAGGGAAUCGCCUGUGUACAAUAGACUGAAUGAACUUUGUGGAGAAGAUGGAUACUUGCUUGGAGAUAGUGCGUAUUCCUGUUUACAACGGUUGAUUGUUCCGUAUAGAGAUAACGGACAUUUGACACGAGCUCAAAUCAAUUUUAACCAAAGAUUGAGUUCAUGUCGAGUUAUUAUCGAAAAUGCAUUUGGUAAUCUGAAACAGCGAUUUCGUCAAUUGUACCAUUUUAAGUUACGAGACAUUGUUCGAAUGGUUCAGGUUGUGCAUGCAUGUUGUGUUUUGCACAAUAUGGCGAAUGCUAAUGAUUUACAGUUAUUUAAACCACCUCCCAAUGAAAAUCAACCUGAUCCUGAUGCUGUAAAUGCACUGAUUAAUAUAGUUGGAGAUAAUGCAAUACCGCAGGAUAAUCAACAGGGACGAGAACUUAGAGACGAAAUAUGUAGACAACUCGCAGCACAAUAAAUGUCUCAAUUAUUGUACAUUCUAUUUAAAUAAGAAUUAUGUAAAUUUAUCUUUUAA